GCCACUCCUCCCUGUCCCUGGAGACGCCCUUCGGGGCCCUGUGGCCCCUGCUUUGGGGGAACGGGCUGGACACACCGGGUUGAUCCGGGACGGGGCGGGAGGGUUCUCUGGAAUAGCUCUGGCUUUGCUGGAGAGUCUGCGCUGUUUUUCGCCUGAGAAUAAGUGUUGAUCAGUAAAGAAGCCAAACAAACAAGUUGCUGAAGUAAAGGAACCCUGCAGCCUUCCCAUGCUAUCUGUUGACAUGGAAAACAAGGAAAAUGGCUCUGUCGGUGUAAAAAACUCCAUGGAAAAUGGGAGACCACCUGAUCCUGCAGACUGGGCCGUGAUGGAUGUAGUCAAUUAUUUCCGAACAGCAGGAUUUGAGGAACAAGCUCGUGCUUUUCAGGAGCAGGAAAUUGAUGGGAAAUCCCUGCUGUUGAUGACAAGGAAUGAUGUGUUAACAGGACUUCAGUUAAAAUUGGGGCCUGCUCUGAAAAUCUAUGAAUAUCAUGUAAAACCUCUCCAGACAAAGCAUUUAAAGAACAACUCUUCAUAAUGCCAUCAAAUUGGGGUCUUAGACCUCAAAAAGUACAUGACAUAAUUUAGUUUCAUGUGAUGAAACUUUGUAAAUCAAUACAUACAUACAUACAUAUGUAUAUGUAAAAAAUUUCAACCAAAUGAAAAGUUAUCCUAUUGGAUAGACUAGGCAAUCCAUCAGCUGACUUGAAUUCAGCUAGGAGGAGCAAGGACCAGAUAAGCACAAAAUGAUUUUGCUUAUGGAAUUUGCCAACUAGAAUGAUCUUUGCCAUUACUAGAUUCCCUCUCCACAAAAGCUUGAGAUCAUAGGAUUUUCUUCAUAGACUGCUUUCUCAAACAUCUUUAAAAAGAAAACUCAAAGAAAUGAGCAUCUUUGGCUUACAGACAGAGUAAAAAUAAGGAACCUUGGAGAGGGGCAGAAAAGAGAAAGGGAUUGCUGUCUUUGUUGAAUUCCUCUGCUCUGUAGAGUUUGCGUUACUUGGAUGGAAUUGCCAACACCCUUUUUUUAUAGAGGGCACUCCAUUUGACCUUAUUAAGGUUUCACUGGGACAUACUGGGAUGUUUGAAAUGAAUAUGCAUCAUGGCCCCUUCAAGAGCAGAACUGUAGCUCUGAAAAGAGAAACUGUGCUGUGUUGGGGAUAUCCAUCCAUAUUCACCUGUCAUAGGGGUAAUGGUGUUUCUGCAUAGAUUUGCUUACAUUUGGUUCUUUGUUUCUGAAGAAAACAUUUUUAUACUUUAUGGUUUGUAUUUAUAAUAAUUUGUUUUUGAAAACAUUGCCAAGAGUUAUAGAUCAUAAAGCCUGUUACUGGUACAGAAUAUUUUUAUAUAUAUUCCUUCUUGAUGCUGUGAUGUUUUUUAAAUUAUCCUAUGCUUUGUUUGAUU